AGAGGAAAUGGGCACUCAGAGAGGUUAACCAACUUGCCCAAGGUCACCCAGGAGCCGGCAGGGAGCCCAGGGCAGCGUUUGCUCCGGGAAAGAGCAGACUGGCCAGCCCAGGGGGUGAGGUCCUUCCCGCGCUGCGUCUGUGCCCACUCCCCUGUGCACCAGGCCUCCCGGGCCGGGGCCCCCGCGAUCCCCCGCGUCCGGUGGGGGCGGCAGCGGGGACCGCUCUGGCUGGGGGGCUGCCGAGUCGGCGGGGCCGGCUCCGCCGGCUGGGGAGGAGGACUAUGCACCACGAACCCAGGACCCUUGGGGUGCUGAAAUCCAACUCACCCAUGCCUAUUUCCUGUAAUGGACGAACUUGAUGCUAAUGUGAGUUCCAAGGAGGGUUUUAGGUCAGUGGAGAAGGUCGUGCUGCUCACAUUUCUCUCGGCGGUGAUCCUCAUGGCCAUCUUGGGCAACCUUCUGGUGAUGGUGGCUGUGUGCAGGGACCGGCAGCUCAGGAAAAUAAAAACCAACUAUUUCAUUGUCUCUCUUGCCUUUGCGGAUCUGCUUGUGUCCGUGCUGGUGAUGCCCUUUGGUGCCAUUGAGCUGGUCCAGGACAUCUGGAUUUACGGGGAGAUGUUCUGCCUCGUCCGGACAUCUCUAGACGUCCUGCUCACGACAGCAUCCAUUUUUCACCUGUGCUGCAUUUCUCUGGACAGGUACUAUGCCAUCUGCUGCCAGCCUUUGGUCUAUAGGAACAAGAUGACCCCUCUGCGCAUCGCAUUAAUGCUGGGAGGCUGCUGGCUCAUCCCCAUGUUUAUCUCUUUUCUGCCUAUAAUGCAAGGCUGGAAUAACAUUGGCAUAAUUGAUUUGGAAAGGAUACACAAACCAAGGCUGGGCGAGGAUUUGCAUGUGAUAGAAAAAAGAAAGUUCCACCAGAACUCCAACUCUACAUACUGUAUCUUCAUGGUCAACAAGCCCUACGCCAUCACCUGCUCCGUGGUAGCCUUCUACAUCCCGUUCCUGCUCAUGGUGCUGGCCUAUUACCGCAUCUAUGUUACGGCCAAGGAGCACGCCCACCAGAUCCAGAUGUUACAGCGCGCAGGAGCGCCCUCGGAGGGCAGGCCCCAGCCGGCAGACCAGCACAGCACUCAUCGCAUGCGGACGGAGACCAAAGCUGCCAAGACCCUGUGCAUCAUCAUGGGUUGCUUCUGCCUCUGCUGGGCCCCGUUCUUUGUCACCAAUAUCGUGGAUCCGUUCAUAGACUACACUGUCCCUGGGCAGGUGUGGACUGCUUUCCUUUGGCUCGGCUAUAUCAAUUCUGGAUUGAACCCCUUUCUCUACGCCUUCUUGAAUAAGUCUUUUCGACGUGCCUUUCUCAUCAUCCUCUGCUGUGAUGAUGAGCGCUACCGAAGACCUUCCAUUCUGGGCCAGACGGUCCCCUGUUCAACCACAACCAUUAAUGGGUCAACACAUGUGCUAAGGGAUGCAGUGGAGUGUGGUGGCCAGUGGGAGAGUCAGAGCCACCCUCCAGCGACUUCUCCUUUGGUGGCUGCUCAGCCCUGUGACACUUAGUCCCCUGGGGCAGUGACUCAGAAGACAGCCAUCCCUCCAGGAGAGGGCCAGGUCCUGCCUAAGCUGCUGCUCGUGCAUGACUGCACCUGGGAUUCUUUUCACUCGAGCGUUCCAUCCGUUUGUCCGUCCGUCCUUUGGGGCGGGCCUUCCAUGCCCACGCGCUUUUCCUCUGGGAUGCCAGCAGGCGAUGUUUGAGGGAGUCCGGGGAGAGCACAGCCCCCUUGUUCACUGGGGAUUCUCUUCCAGAGACGCCCGCCUCCCAUGAUGGGAUUUGUUUUAUUUCUCAGCCCUCCUUCCUGACUUCUCAUCCUUGCCUGACACUGUCUGUUGUCUCUUCACUGUGCCUGGUCAGUUUCCCUCGUGUUCCAGACACGAUUGCUCACUGUGUCUUAUCUCAGCCUUAGGUGUCGCUAAGUAUGCCUUCCUUUCUGUGCCUGCUCACAGGUGUUGUCAGAACACAUUCUCCUUGUGCCUGUCUUGGUCAGAGUCAUGUUCAAAAGCUCACAUGUCUUGCGUGUUUUAACUACUCACUGUCUCAUUCCAUCUUGGUCUGUGCCAGACACUAGCACACUCGCCUCCCUGUGUCCGGGUCCGAACGUGUGUCCUCCUGGCCAGCCCCCGUGUCAGCAACAGAUUCCACCUCCUCUGCCUUAUGUCUGGUUUCAGUCCUUCUCUUCAGGACAGGCCUCACUUAUUUAUCAUGGAAGACACUGGGGCAGAGACCUGCCCGAGGAAACAGGUCUCUGCAGCGACCUUGGAGGGAAGCCGAAGACAGAUAGCUGCCCCCUAGUGCUGUGGCCUCAGCUCUGAGACAUCUGCCUUGCUCUUGAACUAGAGCAGCAUCUUGUCCUAAGGAGCCCUGGGCAGGACCGGUGGUACCGUAGUGCUUAUUAACAGACUUUGGGAUCUUUUCCAUGAACUCGUGGUGUGGCCCACGGCACUAAUUUGUAACCCUGGAUUCUGGUCGUGUUGCUCUUGAAGAAGAGAACUGUCGGGAGCUCACACUGCUGAGACCUGUCAUUCACUGCAGUUCCGCCACCCCCCGCCCCCUGCCAUGGAGGAGGCAGGACCAGCAGUGCCGGAGGUGGAAAACCAGUGCUUGACUUGAAGCUGAAGGACCCGCAUUCCAGCCGUGGCUCUGUUCCUGAUAGGCGGUGAGAUCUUGACCCAACCCUUCUAUCCCUGGACGUCACUCUCUAUGUCUGUUCAUUGAAGUUUGGACUAGGGGAUCGCUGAGAUUCCUCUCUGUUUCUAGGACAACAGGAUGCAGUUACAGCCGUCUGCUACCUCGAAAAGCCAUGGCCCACCUGUGUUUUGUCUGUUUCCAAGGACCUAGCCACCUCCUUUGGGCCUUCUAGACCCUGGACCUUGCCAGCUUUGCCCUUCGGAUUCACCUGGAUGUCUUUCAUUCCACGCUCAGUCCAUGGCUCCUGCCAACUGCCCCAAAGUGAAUGUCACAAAGAAGGCAAUGGCAUCACGUCCCAGAGCCAUGGGAGGUUUUAACUUUGAUCUUGGCUGUGAUUUGAUAGCAUCUCAGGACUUUGUAUACUCACUUUGUUUCUGCUCCUUAAGAA